CAUGACGUUGUCGGUUGUUUUGUAAUCUGCAAACUUGCAAAGGGAGAAAGCCAGUGUGUGCAGUGUAGUACACUACGCACCCCUCCUCCCUCCCACUCCUCUCCUCUCUCUCUCUCUAGUUUUUCUCUCUACUCUCUCUAUUUUUACUUGGUAUACUAGUUGGUUUGGUUGGACUCUUAUCCCUCCCGCUGGCCUCACCACAAGCAACCAACCUGUCUCUUGUUGGAAGCACAGAAGCACCAACAUCGCAAUGGACCCAGCUCUAAACCCAGAACAAACCCAGCCUAAACCCAGCACAAACCCAGCUGUCUAGCUCUAUCUCUCUUUCUCUCUCUCUAAAACCAUAUAGAUGUUCAAGCAGUCAUGCCAAAUAUGCUGUUGCAGCUGUUUGUUUAUCUCUCUCUUUCUUACAAACUAACAGCAGAGAUUAAUUAACAAGAGGAGGACUCGGCACCCCAAGAAAGUACACAAAUACUCGUUUGAAAUCAAUGAGACGAUGCUUUUGUGACAGCUUUUGGUAUUAAAUUAUUGAAGAUUGUGUGUUUUUGUGAGAGAAUAUCAAAAAAUCCAUGGAUUUUAGGGCACAAGAUAACGAAAUGAGGACGUCAGGCUCGCUAAGCUAUGCUCAUUUAAAUACCAAAGAAUCAUCGCCGUCGCCAGCGGCAGCAGCAGAUCACCAGCAAAAGAGAAGAGUUGGGAUUCACAAUGGCACUGGGAAUUACGGUUCUCCCACUGCUCCUCAUCACCAGCACCAAACCCUAGACAACUACCACCCAGCUGCUAUCCCGUUGCCGCCGUUGAUCCGCGACCCAGAUCCGGAUCGUGCCCUAUCCGGGACCCCGGUGGCCCCACAGGGAGCCGGAGUCGGUGGCGGUGGUGGGGGGCCCAAGUCGUUGGCAAAAGUUGUUAGGUAUAGAGAGUGCCUCAAGAACCACGCGGCGAACAUUGGUGGUAAUGUGUUCGACGGCUGCGGAGAGUUCAUGCCGAGCGGCGAGGAGGGGACGAUGGAGGCUUUGAAAUGUGCGGCGUGCGACUGCCACCGCAACUUUCACCGCAAGGAGGUGGACGGGGAGACGGCUGCCUUCAGUCCCGGGUCGAGAAGGUCGAGCAUAAUGUUGAGUCCGCUUCAGCUUCCGCCGCCGCUGCCUUCGCCUUCCUCGGCUUUGCACCAUCACCACCACCACCACCACCAGAAGUACGCGAUGCCUCCGAUUGUCCAGCCUGUGAACGUGGCGUUCGGGAGCAGCGGAGGAGGGACGGAGAGUUCGAGCGAGGAUCUGAAUGCCUUUGAGGGUGGAACUGUCCCGCCGUUUGCUUCGUCUAAGAAGCGGUUUCGGACAAAGUUCACGGUGGAGCAGAAGGAGAGGAUGAUGGAGUUUGGGGAGAAGGUUGGGUGGAGAAUUCAGAAGCAGGAUGAGGAGGAGGUGGAGAGGUUUUGUGCGGAGGUGGGAGUGAAGAGGCAGGUGCUUAGGGUUUGGAUGCAUAACAACAAAAACACCAUUAAGAAGCAGGGUGACGUCGCUGCUACUACUAAUGCCAUAGCUACAGGUCUGUCUUUUAAGAACGUGGAGGGAGAAGGAGGGGAGGGAGGGGCAGCAGCUGAAGAUUAAAGGGAGAUUAAGUGUAGUAUUAAGCUUAAGUGUUAAUUAAGUGAGAUUUGUAUAAACAUGAAACAGGCUUAGGCUCCUAGCGUUAGCUAGAUCAGAUAUCUGCAUGAUUAUCGUUCGUCAGUAGUGAAGGGAGGACUUUGUUAUUGCUCUAAUUAUUCAGCUUAAUUUCUUGUUUAACAAGAUCUUAUCGUAUUAGUUUUGCCAUGCCAUGGAAUUGUGAGGAAGACUUUGAAGUAGUUUUCUAUAUCCAAGAGUUAUUUUGCAA